AUGAAGGUCAUCAUUGCUGUACUCUUCGCCCUCGGCUCCGUGGCAGUCAAAGGAUCAGGUCCUUACCUGCCCAGUGGAUGGAAACCAGAAGGUCCCAGCUUCUUCCUGCCUUCUGAAGUCUCCCAACCAUCAGACAGUCCCCUCAAAGAGGACCUGUUUCAAGAGACGGAAGCUUCAGGAUCUGAAGCCCUUAGGGAGUACGGCCCUCCUAAACUGGACGAGGUCAUCCAGAUUCUGCCCAGCCAAGCUCUCCCUGAUGUAGCCACUGAACAUACCUUCUUAGUAGAGGCUAAGAUCAACCAGGACCUAGUGGCUGUUGUGGAGGAAGAUGCAGUUGAAGCCAACAAUGAACAAAUAACAGCCAUUGCCGAGGACGUAGCAACAGCUACUGAAUCACAACUUGCUGAAAUCUCUGAGGAGCAAACCACUGAAAUCCUAUCCGAAGCUCAACCAACUUUAGACGCUAAAGCUGAAAUCGUAGAACAGACCGGACUGACAGCGCAAGAAGCUUCUCCUACUGCUGCGUACACAGAAGAGAAUGUACAAGAAGCAGUUGUAGCAGAAGAGGUUGUGGUGCCGACUGCUGGUGCUCAAGAAGAGGUUGUUCCUACUGUUGUUGAGGAGAUCGUCGAGGAGCAAGUUGUUAGAGUGAACAACAUCGCGGAGGCUAUCGAGAGCUUGGAGAAGGAGACCGUUGAAGAUGUUGUUGAAAUCAAGCAGAUAUCUGGAUCCUUGGAGCAAGCCCCUGAAGGUUUCCUCGAAUACGGACCCCCCGGCUUCAAGGAAUACGGACCCCCCAAGGAGGAGGAUAUCGCCAGGUCUGCUGCUGUUGAGUUGGCACCUACCAGUGCCUUUGAGAACAAUGAAGUCAGAAGGAGGCGAUUCUCCCCCAAAUUCAGGUAUUAA